UAAGCAUGCAAUGGUUUUCUGAGAAGGACUUUGCUUUCGGAAGUAUUCAUUGACUAGUUUUUAGGUUACACUGCUAGUUUCGGUUCCGUUAUCGUCACAAACAAUAACAUCAACAAAACACAUCUGAGUUUGUUUAUCAUGUGUUCAUACGAAAAUGAUUCAGCAAUGACGCUUUCUACAACUGAUGAAACGUUUUUCAGUGAUGACAACUUUGCAAAUAAAAGAAUGCUUGAAAAAAAAAAUUUUUUAAAUACAGGAAUAAUUUUGAAAUAUACUGUACACAAAUGGAAAAAGAGAGCUUUUAUAAUAACUGUUUCACUUUUAAUGGUUUUUGCUAUUUUCCUUGUAGUUGCAUAUCUUUUUUCAAAAACAAAAUUGUUAGCUGGUAAUAGCAAGCGUUCUUUUCAAAAUGAUUCGUGCAAUAAUUCUCAAUGCACAUUACAAAUUGUAGAAACACUGCCACCAAUUCUAGAAUUUAAUAACACCCACGAUUCUAUAUCACAACAUUGGUUAUACAUGAUUAAUAAUGCAAAGAGUAGGAUUGACAUUCUGUCAUUUUAUUGGACAUUAAAAAGUUCUGAUGUUCCUGGGGGACCUUAUACUCAAGCUGAAGUUGGAGAAAAGAUUUUUGAUGCGCUUAAAAAUUCUGCUAAAAAUGGUGUUAAAGUUCGCAUUGUUCAAAGCUUGCCAAAUGAUCAGUAUCCAGAUUUGAAUACAAAAGAGCUUGCAGAAUUAUCAAAUGUAGAGGUUCGAUCUCUUGAAAUGACACGUUUAGUUAAUGCAGGUAUAUUGCAUUCCAAAGUCAUUUUAGUUGAUCAAAAAAAUAUUUAUAUUGGAAGUGCCAAUAUGGAUUGGAGAGCUUUAACUGAGGUGAAAGAAAUUGGUUUGGUUCUUUACAAUUGUUCUUGUGCUGCAGAUGAUCUUCAAAAGAUAUUUGAAACAAAUUGGAUGUUGUCCGAGAGCGGAGCAACUAUUCCAUCAAAAUGGCCUCAAAAGUAUCAAACAAUAUUUAAUAAAGACCGUCCUAUGUUAACUCACAUAAACAAUGUUUUAUCAAAGCUGUAUUGGAGUACUUCUCCUCCAGAGUUUUGCCCACCAAAUAGAUCAAGUGAAUUAUCGUCCAUAUUAGAUUUAAUUAAUGCAGCAAAAGAGUUUAUUUACAUAUCUGUUAUGGACUACCAAGCAGCCAUUAUUUACUCUCGCCCCCAAACAUUUUGGCCGGUGAUCGAUGAUGCAUUAAGAGGUGCAGUCUACAAUCGUAAUUUAACUGUGUUUAUUCUUUCCAGUUUAUGGAAUUAUACUUCUCCUGACCAAAUAGCGUUUUUAAAGUCACUCAAUGAAUUUGGAAAAAUAUCUCGAAAUAACUCAUCUUUGCAAGUGAAAAUGUUCAAAAUACCUUCUUCAUCUAUUCCCUACACUAGGGUAAGUCAUAAUAAGUUUAUGGUAACGGAUAAUUCUGCACUUGUAUCCACAUCAAACUGGUCCGGUGAUUACUUUGUUUCUACAGGAGGUGUAAGUCUAGUUUUUAACCAAACCGGUUUUGCUUCACCAAACAAUGUCCAAGAUAAACUAAAGAAAUUAUUUUUAAGAGAUUGGACGUCAAGAUUUGCUUUGAAUAUUGAUAAAUUAUAAGACAAUUUGAAUGAGUUAUUUUAAGUAUAUUUAUAUUUUAAUAAUGCAUUUUAUCAGAUUAUACUUUUUCGUACAUUUUAAAAA